AUGAUUCCUGAAACCGAUCAGUAUUUUCACACCACAAGAUCAUCAUUCAAUAAUGAACCGACUAAAGUAAUAGGGAAUUCAAGACAAUCACCUCCAAAAUUGCAUCCUAUAGAAAGUUCUACAAUAUUAAAUAAUCUAUCAUCUUCAAACGUCAGUUAUUCAUCUCAACUAAUGAAUUCACCUGUUGAACAAUAUAAUAACAAGAAUAUUCAUAAAGAUUUUGAUCAUAAAUAUCAAUUGGUGUUACCACAAAAUUCGGUACCAUCAAGUGAAUUCAAUAUUGCAGCAUUUAGUAAUCCUAAAUCAAACAUUUCUGAAUUAAAUAUCGGGGAAAGUAAAAGUGAUAGAUGGAAUCACUUAAUCAAUUAUAAUACAAUACCUUAUAACCCAUCAUUCUCAUCUAACCCUAAUCCUAUCGAAAAGAAUGAAUCUUUUGAAGUACCAAAUUACAUGUCAGAUGGUAACUACUCAUUAAUCAAAAUGAAUUUGUUUGAAUAUUUUUUGUUUCUAUUUAAUCAAAUAGAACAUUUAAAUAAUAUUCAAUUUAAUUUAUCAGAUUUUUAUCAAUGGUAUCAAUUUUAUUAUAAACAAUAUAUACAAAAUAUGAUGUUUAUAAUGAUUGAAAAAAAUGAUGAAAAACCAUUAGACCUGUCAUUGAAGACAUCAUCAACUUUGAUGGAGUCAACGUGCCAACCACAACAACCACCACAACAACGACAGAUACCAGAUGAACAACUAUCUCAAUCAAAUAAAAUCUUAAAUGAAACAUCAAAAAUUCAUUGUCAUUGUUCUACAUGUUUAUUAUAUUGUAAACAUUUAACUAAAAAUAAUAUUGAUUUCUAUCAAACAAUAUCAAAUCUAUUACCAUAUAAUCUAUCUCCUAAUUCAUUAAAAAAUCAAUAUUCUAUUAAUUUAAAUAAUGAUCAAAAAAAUAUUUUUAAAAAAUCUUUAUCAAAAAUCAAUAAACAAAAAAAUUUUUCAUUGAAUUUAAUCGAUAAAAUAUUAACAAUUAAAAAAAUUAAAAAAAUCAAUAAUACUAAUAAUACUGAUUCAUUUACAAUUAAUCAUACUACUAAUAAUACUACUCAUAAAUCUUAUUUAAAUAAUAAACAUAUAAAACGUUCAUAUACACAAUAUGAAUUAUUUGAAGCUAUUAAAGCAAUUUAUUUUGGACAAUUAGGUACACGUAAAGCAGCUAAUAUAUAUGGUAUACCAAGAUCAACAUUAAGAAAUAAAAUAUGUAAAUUAAAUGAAAUUAAAAAAUUACAUGAAAAACAUUUAAAUGUUAAUUAAAUUAUGUUUUUUU